AUGAAACACAGCCUCCCCAGCGCAGCACUCGCCAAAACAAUCCUCCGUGAAUCGUUCUUUAGCUGGGUUCUCAUUGACGCAGAACACGGUCUUAUUACUGAUAGAUAUUACUACGAGCUCUGCAACGCUAUUGCAUCCUCAAACAGCAGCCCCAUCAUCCGCGUCCCAGCCGCAGAGGAAUGGAUGAUCAAGCGGACGCUCGAUGCUGGCGCGCAUGGGAUUGUGGUCCCGAUGUGUCAUUCUGUCACCGCCGCCCUCAACACGGUCAAAUACAUCAAGUAUCCACCCCUGGGCAUAAGAGGGUACGGACCCAUGUUCGCGUCGCACGCCUUUCCAGGGAGUAACUACGACGAAGACAGCCAGUGUGGAGUAAGCGUCAUCGUGCAAAUCGAGUCACGAGCCGGCGUGGAGAAUGUAGAAGAGAUAGCCGCAGUGGAUGGGGUUGAUGUCCUCUUCGUUGGUCCGUUUGAUCUGGCUAAGCAGAUGGGGGUGCAGAGAGGAGGAGAAGAACAUGAGGCUGCUAUUAGGCGCGUGGUGGAGGCUGCGAGGGGAGCCGGGAAGAAGGUUGCUAUUUUCUGCACUGAUGGAGAAGAUGCCAGGAAGCGAGUGCAGCAGGGCUUCGAUAUGGUGUCUGUGGCUACAGAUGUGGGAGUUGUCAAGAGUGGCAUGUUAAAUGAGUUGAAGAGGGCGAGAGAGUAG